UAAGAGCCAAUUCCAUUUUUCUUUGUUUUCAUGGAGUAGGUGAAGGAGAUCUUGGGAGGUGAGCGGAUCUCGAAUUGAUAAAGUUGUUGAAUUACGAGGUUAGUAGAGGACUCGAAGGAAACCGAGAUUCACAGAUUAUGUUUUUGUUUCAGGUUCAGGCGAUCGUUCUCUGCAUUUCGGGUGAGUUUGUUCUCACCUUCCUGUAUCUCUCUUUAGUAGGCUUUGGUCAAUGAGAUGAUGAAUGGUGUUUUAUUUCUCUUCAGGUGGGUUGGUUCGAUCUCAUUUUGGGAGCCGGCCGAGCGUUUGAUUGGGAAUAGUUGGAUGAAGCUGUGUGUGGCCAACGACAAUCUCAAGCUGGAUUUUUUGCUCCAAGGGACAAGAAAAUCUAGGUUACUAAAUAAUCAUAUUGAUUUG